ACAGUAUAAGAGACAGUAAUGAUGAAAUGAUAUUGUGAUGAUAUAACAGUAGUUAUAAUGAUAAACAGUAAUAAUGAUACAACAAAACAGUAUAAUGUUAGCCAGUAGUUGACUUGAGUUAAUAAAGAAUCGGCUUCAAAUUUGGAACAUAAACAACCUAUGAUAGGAAGUCUUCUCAUGCUAUCUUUUCUCUAUGGUUUUCAGUUUGGUCAGUCUGAAACUUGAUCAGUUUGUUCCAGUCUGAUAGAUGGUAUUAUCUUGCUGUACUAAUAGAUCAAUUCUCUCUCUCUAUCAUACAUGAUCAAGGAUUGUUCAAUGGAUUAGUGUGUUCCAAUAACUUUCUUUUUAAGCAGGAUAAUUGGAAAACGUUGAAUACACAUUAUUUAGAGGAGAAUAUAAACUAUUUCAAGAGAUUAGAUGAAGUUCGGAGCGUCUCAAAGUAUGCGGAGUGGAGUUAUAUCUCCUGUGAUUCUCAUUGUCUUCUUCAAUUUAUUAGACGUUUGUGAUGGUUCUUCCAGUAGUGACUGUUCCAAUAAGAAAAGGAAAGUAGACGAUGUAUCAUCAGCUCCUUUCAGGAUGCCUCUAACUAUUGAAUUAAUUGAGAAGGAGAAUUAUGAUGCACAAACGCAUAAUGUUACUGUGAAAGUGGGCAAGCGGAUAGAGAUAAAACAGACGAAGGGGUCAAAAAAUGUAGAUGGAGAAAGAGAGUAUAUGGACCAGUUUAAAAUUCAAAUUUUUCGAAUCAGAGACCCGAAAAGAUUGAGGAUAAGGAAGUUACCAGUUGUCUUUCUACUUCAUGGGCUCUGUGGGAGUUCUUCGGAUUAUGUAUUCGGUGGAAAAAGAGACAGUCUGGGAUUCUAUUUAGCUGACGCUGGCUAUGACGUCUGGAUAGGUAACUUUAGAGGAAAUUAUUAUGGCGGACUAAACCAUUACAAGAACCUUCCUGAUUUUUGGGAUUUCAGUUUCCACGAAAUGGGAAUCUACGAUCUGCCAGCUCAAAUCGACUUCAUACUAACAACCACCGGUCAGAAAAAACUCUAUUACAUUGGAUUCAGCAUGGGAACCACCGCUUCAUAUGUUCUCCUGUCUCAGAGACCAGAGUACAAUAAGAAAAUUGAGAGGAUGAUAUCAAUGGCUCCAGUCGCCUUCAUGGAUAGGAGUCAUUUUACCAUGUUCAAGACUAAAGCGAUCGCUAAUUAUCACGCAUUUGCUGAUGACUUGAUGGAACUUACACACAAGAUCCGUCUCUCCUAUCUCUUGGGUCCAGUGGAAUAUUUUAGUGUACCAAAAUGCUACAAGGCUAGUUAUAGCAAGAAAUGUGAAAAAUCUUUCGCUUUAAUAGCAUCAACAAAUGAAUCAAUUUAUAAUCCGGAAUUGAGGAGAGAGUUUUAUGAAAUCAUGCCAGUGGGAGUUUCAUUUAAAACAAUUUCGCACUACUUGCAGGUUGCAAGACGUGGAGAAUUCAAACCCUAUACUUAUUACAAGUCUGAAAAUAUGAGACGCUAUGGGUUAGAAAAGGUCGGAGAGUACAAUUUGACAAAAGUAAAUGUUCCAAUACUUUUGCUUACUGCUAAGAAGGACAUUGUAGGCUGUGAUUUGAUGUUGGGGAGACUCAGGGCACAUUUAAAUGGACCGGGAAUGGAGGAAAAAGUGAAGACUCACACUGUGAAGAACGACCAGUUCAUGCAUACUGAUUAUUUCUUGUCAAAAAAUCUCGAAGAGCUUGUAUUGAAGCCUGUUUUGAGCUAUCUUAAAUAUGGGAAUACAGCAGAUGACAGAAAAACACCGUGACAAAGUGAGUUCCACGUUGUUAUGCCAGUGGAGAGCGAUAAGAGAUCAGAGUUGCCGAUUCUCUGCCUUGCCACUGUCGUCUGUAGAGGAUAGCUGAUACCUGAAAAUAUUAUCAGCCUUUAGUUCUUCUUCUUUGUUUA